CUAUCUUCUUCUAACUGGCGCUCACGAUGCUUCCAUGCGUCGACAAUUGGAGAUCGAAGCCAUGUUUGGACUUUUAUAUUCGAUACAGCCAGGAUCCGCGAACAAGUGUUGUGUUGUCAAAUGUUACUUGAGCUUUCAAGCGGACCAACAAUUCAAAGUAGUUGAAAAACAGAGACAUCAAUGGUGAGGGUUAAGAAAUGGUGGUCAGGAAGAUAUCUCACAAUCUUAAUUUGGUUUUCUUCAGCAUUCCUGCUCUUGAUUUUCUUUAAAAUGGCAUCCACAAAUACUUCCAAUGACGGUGAUAACACGAUCUCAAAUGUUCCGGAGCCUUUAUUGGAUUAUAACAAGCAAAGAACCGAACUGUAUGAGAAAAUGUCAAGGGAUCUCUAUGAGCACGGUGCGGCUUUUCUUGCUGGUGGAGAAACCUCUCAGUCCCUGUCACUCUCAGAACUUUUUACACUAAAGAAUGGCACUGUUACUCCUGUUCUCAGGGUAGCGGAUCCUCCAGUCAGGGCGAAUGUGCUCUAUCUCAGUCCGAUAUUUUCAGAGCCAAUAGCGCAGAUCAUAGAAAAGGUGUUUCUUGCCCACUUUGGUGAAGCAAUCUGGUUUCAAAAUGCAAGCUUAUAUCACUUCAGCAUGUUCCACAGUUCUCAUCAUACUGAGCCUGUUUUUGCCUCUGUGGAAGAGGUUGAUUCAGAGGCAAGGGCUGUGGAGGCAGUUGCUAGAACAUUAUGCCCCUUGCAAAUCAGAUUGGAGAGAGUUGUUCUUACUUCCACAGGAGUGUUGCUUGGUUGCUGGCAGGUCAUAAAUGGUACUGAUCCAGCAAUUAUUCGUAGUGAAUUGAGGAAAGCUCUUCCACAUGCACCAAAAAAACAACUUUACAAUCCUGUUAUUUUUCACACAACUUUUGCAAGACUUCUUGGACCCCCACAUAAUAUGGACAAGGAUAUGGCAGCAAGCAAGCAAUUAAAUAUCAUUUCAGUUGCAUUUGCGAGCUAUACCUAUGAACAUGGGGAAAUAAAAACCUCCAGUGGAAUGCUCACAUUUUUUGGAAAGCUUGUUGAUCGUGUGAGUGAAGAGCUUCUUGGUUUCAAGGCUACAGUAUCUGAAAUAUGGUUUGUAGAAGAAUUAGAUAUCUUAGCCCUUGCUUUGAAUGGGAGGAUCAAGACACGUCAGUUUCCUCUCAUGUGCUCAAGCUCCUCGUGAUGCAACUGUUACUAGUAGAAGAGCUGUUUGGCCAAUGUGCAUAUUGAUGGAUCAAGUUUUCAAUAGUAGCACCUUCUACAUUACUUUCAGAAAAUGUCAGUGUGCUGCACUCACUGGAAGUGAUUCUUUUGAUUGAGUUUCUAGGAAAUGAAUCGUAUAAAUUAGUAUUGCAAGCAAAUAUUUGGGGCAUGGACUGGAGCUUGCUUAUUGUUUUGUGAAAUAUUCUAGUUUCGAGAAUAUAAAAAUAUCUAGUAAAUUUUUUUGUUUU